GGUAUUCUCGGAAUCCCUCAGAAGGUAACCUUGUACUGUUUGGCGCAGUGUGUCAAAAUGGAGAACAAUUUUCUGGGGUUCCUAAUCUUUGACAGGAAAUGAAGCAAGUGCUGUAAGGAAAAUGGGAUAAUUAUCAGGAAAAUCCUGUUGAAUAAAAUUUGAAAUCCUUAAAGUGUUAUCAUGAUCUUCACCAUCAAUGAUAGCAUUUCCUCUCUUGGACCAUAACGCAAAGCAGGAUGGCUGUGAACACCCAUGUCUUGUCUGCCAUGAAGAAGAAAGAUGUGGAGAGGGCAUCCAUGUUAUUGUUAACUCCGGGAUACGACGUAAACACGAUGUCUAAAUCAGGGACUCCACUUAUCUACGCAGCAAAAAUGGGACUUAUUCCGGUAAUAGAGAAGCUAAUUAAUCUUGGAGCUAAUGUCAAUUGUCUAGACAAAGAAAAGAGAACGGUUCUUCAUCAUGCAUGUCAACGUGGUCCAAGGGAAAUAAUCCAAGUACUCAUCAAAGCUGGAUGUGACAUGUACAAG